AUGAACACUUUCGAUAUGAACUCACUCGGCCAAACAAUCAAGCAACUACUACUUUGCCAUCCAGAUGACAUCCGAGCAAAUGAACUGAGCGAUAACAACUUUGUGAUGUCACCAGAGAGGUAUUCAAGUGAGUUGAGGGAGUUUGUAAAGUUGUUGUUGGCAUCAAAGAAAGGUGAUCAUUAUAAGUUGUUAAAGAUGUUGGAUUACCCUUUGGUACCUUCAAUGGAGGACCGUGUCCACGCAUGGCGACUAAAGGACUAUUUCAACCAUCCAACCAUCCAUUUCACAUUGCCAAAAGGAACAUGGAGCUUUGAGUUUGGUCAACAGUUCAAUCAACCACUCCCUGAAGACUUCCUCCCAGCAUCCCUCGAGUGUUUGACGUUUGGCGAGUGCUUCAACCAGGCGAUACAGUAUGGUGAGCUGCCUCCAUCCAUCACUGAACUCAAGUUUGGCCGUCAGUUCAACCAGCCACUCACUCCAGGUGUGCUUCCUGACUCGUUGACAUCACUCACCUUUGACUGGAACUUCAAUCAACCAUUCAUCAAUGGUGCGCUGCCCUAUGGCCUCACCAGCCUUGUGUUGGGCGACCUCUUCAACCAGGCCAUCGUGGCCUGUAGCCUGCCGCCCUGCCUCGCCACACUUCGAUUUGGUUCAAAGUUCAAUCAGAUUGUGUUGCCAGACACCCUGCCUGAGAGCCUUACAUCUCUGACCUUUGGGCUCAACUUCAAUCAAUGUCUAUCGCAACCUGGUGUGCUGCCACUCUCCUUGACACAUCUCAGUCUCGAUGAGUACUACGAUCAUCCAUUCUCACAGCCUGGUGCGCUACCCGAGUCUUUGCGCACGCUCCACCUACGCACAACCUACAAGCACCAGUCCGACCUGGCAGUGCCGCCACACUGCAUGAUUGAGUACAGUUGA